GAUCUCUGUAUCAAGAUUGGUUGUUGUAUUAUUGAAUCAGCAAGUAUAUAUAAUAACAGUUGUAAAAAUGGUUGACAAAAGGGCAGUUGAUAUCCUCAAGGAUAACGUAAAGUUUGUACAAGAGGACUUGAUGUUCACGAUGGAUCUACAUUCAGCCGGUCUGGACGAGUUAGUCAAGAGCAAAAUGUCGACUCACAUUAUCAAUAAAACACAGUUGAUAUUUCUAGAGAAAGGGAAUGAUAAAGCUGGCUUUAAACACUUGUGGAAGGGACAUAAAGAUGAUUAUGCCAAACUCUGCGGUGUAAAAUCUGAAUCGGAGGUCCUGAAAUAUAUCCAAAGAAUAGUGGGUAUGGGCCAUUAUGCCACGUACGGUUAUGAACUGGGAAACGGGUUUGUGGUCGUAUAUCAGAUACAUGAGAAGCUGUUUUUAAGGGUUGCUAUCGGAUUUAAUGGUUUCAUCGUAUCGGCUUAUCCUUCAACCAAUAAAGAUAAAGAGGACAAAAUGGAUUAUUGAGUUUAUGUCAAUUGAUAAUUGAGGACAUUGAUAAUUAUGUACGUGCAUAAAUAAACAUGCGUUGAAAAAUACUGUGUGCUAAGGUGAACCAAACAUAUUGCCCAUUGCUGUUCCUGCAGCUAAUCCGAUAAUGCUUUGGUUUGGAAAUUCCCUAGGAUUUGCAUACUAUCAUGAGCUACUAGAUUUUUUUAAUCCGCAUGUUUAUAUUGCUUGUAUAUUAUAUUAGAUUUGUUUAAUGGGACGGAUGUGCCUUUUUUUGGUGGUUAAUUUGCAUGUUGAAUAUCAUAUGUAAAUAGUUUUCAGAAGUAUUAGAAAUGUACGAAAUACGAAUACAUAAUUCUUUUAAAUAUACUUCAGUCUAGUAAUUUCUUUUCUAUAGGAUGUAUUUUCUAUAUAUUGUAGUGUCCACAAAAAGAUUCAUCUUCAUAAUUCUGGACACACAUGGAUUUGAAGGCUCAAAUUUCUACACUAUUACUGAUGUCCGUUUCUGAGACUAAAGUAUAAUUGGUCAAAAAAAUAAUGGCGCAGCUGUCCCUGUAAUAACUGUUAAUGAUCACACUGUAUGUAUGGGUUGAUUGCUUCCAGCAUUGCUAUAUUUAUUCUAUCUAUAAAUAAAGUGGAUUGCUCGUGUA